CUAUUUUGCUGAAUGGAUUUUGACUCCCCACCAGUCUCUGAAAUAAGGCACACUAUAAAGUGGUUUGGUUUCUUCCAUAGAAUCAGCAUUCACUGGAGAAUCUUAAUUACAGGGUUCGCAUAGGCCUCAGCCGGGUUUUUCGAGCCUCCCCUGCCUGUUUCCGAGGCUCGACUGGUCCCUGUUGGUAAUUCCAGUAUCGACCACAGCGAUAAUGAGCAAAGUGGUGGCAGCAUUCCAGGGGAUCCCAACUCCAGCGGCCUCAUGGGAAAGGGUGGUGGGGGAAGUCUGGGAGACAGUGGAUCCACACCGUAAUCUCUCUGCCAUAAACGCCAGCUUCCGCAGAUGCUUCGUUUUCAUGGUCUGCCGAGCCGCGAGGGUGGGCCAUCCUCCUCAUCAUCUUCAUCAUCUUCAUCCUCCUCGAUCGUCAUCGACAUUCGUUUGUUGCUAUAUAGCUUCUUGUGAGCGGUGAUCAAAGAGGCAGCGAUUAACAUGUUUGGACAACAGCAACAAAGUUGUGUCUAUUUGGUGAUAGGGACUCGGGAGAUGGCAUCAGUGGCUAGAUAUUCAGGAAAUGGGCUGUUCCUGUUUGUUUUCUGCAGAACUCUUUUGGUUCUGCCCUCCCCGCAGUAUUCUCUCUCCACUGCACUCCUAUGAAGACAAUGGUUUAGAAGUUUCUGGCAACGCCUGCGCUAAAGCCCAACACAACCAUUUAGUCAGCACAGUAGAAGUCUGACCACAACAUUGUUAAAGUCUUGAGAGAGUAAUAGAGAGCGCAACAUGGGUACGAUUUCACGUUACCCUGCCUGCAGGAAGGAAUUCCUGUUGAUGCCUUUCAGGUUUUGGUUUUUUCAUGAAGUUCCCCAGCUCAGGCCCCUUUACCUACACCAAGGUUCUCAAUCUCUCUCCCUUAACUCCCUAUGUCUAUAUCUAUACAGCCCUGUCUUCAUACGAACCCAGGACUGGCCUAAAACAACAACAGUAGCAGCAGCGAUGCUCCUGCUGAAGCCAGAGGUGUGUCAGCAGAUCUCAUGCCCACAGCAGAUUAGCAGGACCGGGUGGCGGAUACAGGGCUUUUGUUGGACAUGCUUUGACUAAAGCAUCGCACAGUCGAGCCGCCUGUUCCUCAUUGUGCUGGUGGCUGCAAAAAACAGCUCAGAUCAGUUCACAUGAGUGAGUCGAGAACUGUGGUGAAUGGGCCAUGCCUCUGGGUGAUUUCAUCACAUCAUCCCACUUUCAAAGGAGGUGCCCUUUACCACAUGGGCCCAGUGUGUUCCUUCCUGGGCCUUCACAGGAAAAGACAGUGAUCUCCCUCUGUAAACAAAGGGCAGGAGACAAUAGACAACAACACAUAUUUGUUGAGGUUUUUGGUGGAUGUGUGUCAGAAGGCUACAUCGUGUAUAUGAUCAAAUCUGGGCUGUUUGGUACUUUCCAGUCUGAGAGGCCUUGCUAUUGAUGGCCUCAGAGAGGAAGCUAAAAAUAUCUUGUAAUCAUGUUAUUAAGUUGAGCUUAAGCAGUCUCUUGUGAUCCUCGGAAAUGUUGUCAGAGAGUCUGAGAGUGGAGAGACGACGUGCAAGUUCACAAACAAACGAGUUGUGGAAAAAUCGGGCGAAGAGAGGAUGGUCUACUUUCUGGAAGGCACAUUGUCUGUGAAUCUGCAGAGAAAGUGACCAUGACGGCCAUCGAGAGCAAAGACACGGACGUCAGUGACACCGAUAGUGGGAUAAUUGUGCAUUCUGGGCCCGACAGCCCCAGCACGCCGCAGAAGGAUGUGAGCACCCACACCAGAGCCCUGAAGCUGAAGCACCAGGCCCUGGAGCAGAGCCUGGAGAUCUGCCUGCUGGAGCUCAGGAAGCUCUGCAUCAGAGAGGCAGAGCUGACCGGGCAGCUGUCCUCAGACUAUCCCCUGAUGCCCGAGGAGCAGCCGCCCCGCGUUCGGAGACGCAUCGGGGCGUCUUUUAAACUCGACGAGGGCCUCAUCUGUCAGGAUGGCGAGGACCCGGAGCUGCACUCCCUGGCGGCCGACCUGGCCCUGCAGAGCCAGAUCCUGGAGGCGGCGCGGAGGCUGUCCCUGGAACACCACCUCAGCAAGCCGCAGAAGAAGAGCCGCCUGCAGCAGUGCAAGCGGGAGGAGAAAAAGUUCAAGGACCUCCAGGAGGCGGUGACCCGGCAGCGGGCCCGGAGCCAGCGCAGCUCCCCUCAGACCGCAGGCUCGGCCCACUCCCUGAAAGACUCCUGCAUGUCCGACGACAGCUCUCUCUCUGACGUGGUGGCUUUGGAUGAUGACAUGGAGCCCCCCGACGCCCUUUACCCUCCGGCGGGGGGCUCCUCUUACCUGGACCCCCUUCAGCCGCUUCCCCUGCAGCAGUCCCAAGGCCAGACCGGAGUGGAACACGAGCGUUCCCCAAUCCAGAACUCUCCGUGGAAGGAAUCCAGUCUGGACCAGCCCUACCAGAAGCUCCCAAAGCCUCAGUCGCCGUGCAGCAGCAGAUCGAGUAGUCCGGUCGGGGCCCCGGUCUACCCAGAGAGGAUCCUCCCAUCCCAGUUCAUCAAGAGCCUGACCAUGAGGCACAACCACACCUGCAGCGCCCCCUCCACCCCGGAGCUGCACGUACGCAGGCAGUACUCCCAGUCCUUCAGGCUUCCUAAGAACAAGCUGACGGUGGAUGUGCCGCGCACGGGCUCGGAGGGGGGCCGGGCCCGCCCCCGGCUGCCCCAGCGCCGCUGUGCGGCCGACUUCAUGGUGCGCUCUCCGGAUUACUCCCCGCGCCGCCUCUACCAGUCCAGCUCAGAGGACAGCAGCUCGGAGCACUCUGUCUCCUCUCAGGCCAGCUCCCCCGGGAGCUGGCCAGCCCCACCAAGCCCCACCGAGAUCCCCAAGCUCUGCCCCCCGCCCUACGGCUUCCACUACGGGGCCCAGGGGAAAGGCCCCGCCGCCGGCCCCCCGGGGAGCUACAAGAACAACAACAACAACGGCAACCACGUGAACAACAACAUGAACAACAACACGAACAACAUCAAGAACAACUCCAACUACAACAGCCUGGCCUCCGUCGACGGUGGGAGCGUCCGUUCGCUUCAGUCCCCGCUUUCCCCUCCGAGCAACAUGUGUCGGACCCCCCAGCCGCAGAGAGCCAGGCCGGAGGAAGGGUUCUCCUCUGCCGGGAGGGCCAUGAAGGCUCCUCCUCCUCCCUACUCCCGGCUGGUCCGCACCCCAUCCCUGAACGAGUACCCCGGCCACGGCAGCCCGGUCAUGCCGCGGGAGGUGGUGUCGGAGGAGCUCAAGUCCUGGCACCAGAGGAAUAAGCUCCAGAGGUUCCCGCCGGGAUCCGGAGAACGCCUAGGCCGAUCCCAGAGGGUCAACAACGGCCCUGGAUCGCCUCAGCCCCCGCCCUACAAACAGGGCUCAGGCAGCGUCGUCCUCCAGAGGGCGGCUGAUGGAACUCCAGUCCAGUGGUUCGUGGAAGAGGAUGCUGAAUUAGUCAGUCAGGUGUAACCUGGAGAUCCCUGUUGAAGUAUGCUACCAACUAGGAGCCAUUAUGUGUAUUCCUUUCUAUGUAUUGCUGUAUUUAUUGAGCCGAUGGACUCAGAGUUUGUAUGUCCUAAAGUGGCAGGACACUAUCCUUUUUACGGAGGAAGAAAAAGGAUAAACCUUUUUGAGGGUAUGAUAAGCACAUUGUUGCUCCUAUUUCUUUAUUUAAAACUACAGUAUGAUUAAUUUAUUUGAUCAAUAUUUUCUGAUUUGGUUUUCUGAUAGAUGUUAUGUCUGUGGUGACUCAACAUCGUCAACAUUUGUCUCUGCAUUUUCCAAAUUGUGCCACACAGGCUUUGACAUCAUAUAUACUCACUGUAUAUUCAUGGGCCUUUUAUGUGGCUGGUACACAUAUUGCAGGUUUGCAGGAGCAUUCAUAAUUUUAAUCUAAAUUCCAAUAUUUAUCUAUUAUAAAAAUAAAGAACAAAGUUCCUUCUCGCUAAGAAUGCUGAAGGUAAAUAUUAAUAUACUUUAGAAAUGUUUUGCUGAAUCUAACAAAAGAAGAAAAAGAAUCAGACCUUUUACAAUGUGAAAUGAGAAGAACAACAUUAGGCCUGACUAUGAAUUCCUAUUAAUAUCUUAAGCCUUUUAUUACUGAGUGAAGGAGUGUUGGUGUGUUCACUGCACCGUGGUGUGGUGUUUCUAACCAAGUGAUUGUAUCAUUUUUAUAUCCUAUGUAUUUAUAAAACAUUUGUAUAUGCAUUAUUAAUUAAAAGUAUUGUUCCCGA